AUGAAGAACGCUGAGGAAACUUUCGUGGGGUGGAGAGGUGAUUAUCCAGUCCCACAGGGCGGCAUGGUCAUCUUCACUUGCAAGCACCCGAGAGGAUUCAGCGACGGUUCCAAGCAGCACACGACCACUUGCUCCUCCAGGGCACCUGAUGCUUGGUGCUCGACGUUUGUAGAAGAGAGGGCCCCCACAUGUCCACAUCCACGUGAGGUAUAUCCAGAAUGCCGGCUAUCAGAAAUGGGGAAGGAAUAUACUGGAAGUAUAAAUCAGACAGAGAUGGGGAAAGACUGCUUCAGAUGGGAUUCUCCGGAAUUAAUUGAAUUGUUUAAUGUCGAUUCUCUGGAUGGGUUCAACCCAAACCUGUUCUACAAGGAGCACUUCAUAAACCUGGACCCAUUCUCGCAUGACAACUACUGCCGUAAUCCCACAUCGAAGGAGAGGCCCUGGUGCUUCGUGGAUGACGGCCACAUCCAUCCCGAGUACUGCUCCUGUUCUACAAGGAGCACUUCAUAA